AUAACAGUUUCAAUUUAAACCGUUAUGAGCCUGGACACUCUUUAGUCACGUACAAUUUCUGGUAAAAUGCGUUUGUUCGUACUAUUCUUCUUUUUCGUUUUCGCCUCUAUUACCGCCGGCAAUGCUGAUCAAACGAGUGAAGGUUUCAUAGGGUGGCAUCAGAAUGUAGGAACGAAAAAUGCUCAAGAAAUUAGGAAAACAGAAGAAUAUUUCUACUUUCUCAACCGGAUCGUAGGAGGAACUAUAGCGCCAGUAUCUGCACACCCGUACCUGGUUGGUCUCCUUAUAGAUGUUAAUGGAUUACAAAAUCCAUCUGCGUGCGGUGGUUCUCUACUCUCAGCCACAAGGGUACUGACAGCUGCUCACUGCUGGUACGACGGAAGAUUUCAAGCUAGAAUGAUGACGGUCGUUUUAGGCUCAGCUUUUCUCUUUCACGGUGGACUCCGGACUCCGAUCUCCGCUAUAGCCGUACACCCGCUAUACGACUCACGCACUUUCGCGAAUGACAUCGCAGUGUUGUAUUUACCCAUUUCUGUUUCGUUUACACAUGCAAUCAGACCGAUAGCUUUACCCUCCGGACACCUGCUGCAAAUGGAAUUAUCGGGUUACUGGGCGCGAGCCGCCGGUUACGGCAGAUAUUCGGAUGUUACUACCCCUACGACGAACACAGUAGCCAGAAAUGUAAUUUUACAAAUAAUGGAUUUAAAAACAUGUCGACGAACAUAUGGGAACGCCGUUUUGGAUUCUAAUAUUUGUACAAAUGGAUACGGUGGUGUCGGCAUCUGUCAAGGAGAUUCUGGUGGUCCUCUCACUGUUAUUAGCGGGGGAAAAGACGUGGUGAUCGGAGUGAGCUCAUUCGUAGCUCGUGCCGGGUGUACCUUGGGACACCCAUCAGUAUUUGCUAGAGUUUCAUCUUUCGUCGACUGGAUUCACCAUCAUAUGUAAAUGUAAGCAAGUCAUUAUUUUCACUAGAAGUUGUAAAUGAGACAGAUUUAACCUACAUAAAUGAUUUAAUGGACAUAUUUUUAUUUAUACAUGUUACUUAUGUAUCGUAUAAGUAAAAUAAUUAAUAAAAAUAAUAGAAUCUCCA